UAGAAUCUCUCUCUCUCUCUCUCUCUCCCUCUCUGAUUUGGUUGUUCAUCGUUUGGAAUCAAGUUGUUAAAACAGAUUUAGAUAGGAAACUGAAAAAGACACCUCUCCCUCCAAAAACCCUGGCCUGUUUCUUAAAGAAAACCUCAUCUCACCGAACACCAUUGAACCUAAUACAUAAUUUUGACAUUUUUCUUAUUGAUUCCUUUCUUUCUUUAUGAGUUUAUCUAUAUCUCCUUUCCCUUCUCACUUCCUCUCACCUUUCCAUUUCUUCUUCUUCUUCUCAUGCGGCCACUACGCAAAAAAGCUUCUUUUUUCCUCCCGGAGAUGAAGCACGCCAGCAGUGGCCGCAAGAACAACAAUCUCUCCAUCUUUGUCGUUGUUUUCUCCAUUUUUCUCUUCGGUGGUUUCAUGUACAAUGAAGACAUGAAAUCAAUCGCUGAGUUCCCUUUUUCAACUCCCAAAUCUCAAGAACUCCAGCAAGUUCCAUCGAAUUCAAAUAACCCAGUUCAAGAAACCAUCAAGAAUGAAGAAGUAACAGAACCCAUUAAGCUGAAGAUGAUUAUAACCAAGGAAGAAACUCCAGAGAUCAAAUUGGCUUCCAUUAGAGAAGAAAUUGAGAAGGUUGAAGUGCCACCAGAAGAAUGUGAUCUCUUUAAUGGAGAAUGGGUUUUCGAUAAUGUCUCUUAUCCUCUGUAUAAAGAAGAUGAAUGUGAGUUCCUCACUGCGCAAGUGACCUGUUUGAGAAAUGGCAGAGCUGAUUCUCUUUAUCAGAAUUGGAGAUGGCAACCCAGAGAUUGUUCUUUGCCCAAGUUCAGUGGAAGAUUAUUACUUGAGAAGCUUCGAGGGAAACGACUCAUGUUCGUGGGUGAUUCAUUGAAUCGUAACCAAUGGGAAUCCAUGGUUUGUUUAGCUCAAUCUGUGAUUCCUCCCGGCAAGAAAAGCUUGAAAAAGUCUGGUUCGCUCUCUGUUUUCAGAGCAGAGGAAUAUAAUGCUACAGUUGAGUUCUACUGGGCCCCAUUUUUGGUGCAAUCUAACUCGGAUGAUCCAACGAUGCACAGCAUUUUAGAUCGAAUCAUCAUGCCUGAAUCCAUCAAUAAGCAUGGAGAGAAUUGGAAGGGUGUGGAUUACUUGAUCUUUAACACCUAUAUAUGGUGGAUGAACACUUUCAAAAUGAAAGUUCUGCGUGGAUCGUUCGAUGAGGGCGACACAGAGUACGAUGAGAUCGAACGGCCAGUAGCUUACGAAAGGGUUUUGAAGACAUGGGCUAAUUGGGUAGACAAUAAUUUGGAUCCCAAACGCACCACUAUUUUCUUCAGUAGCAUGUCUCCGGUUCAUAUCAAGAGCUUGGAUUGGAACAACCCUGAAGGAAUCAAGUGUGCCAAAGAGACAAUGCCGGUGAUGAACAUGACCCAGUUGGAGGUGGGUACAGAUCGUCGGGUCUUUGUUGUGGCGGCGAAUGUGACCCGAUCCAUGAAAGUCCCCGUCUACUUCGUUAACAUCACCGCCUUAUCUGAGCUCCGAAAGGAUGCACACACAUCGGUCUAUACCAUCCGGCAAGGCAAGAUGCUCAACGAUGAACAAAAGGCCGAUCCAACUAACUUCGCUGAUUGCAUCCAUUGGUGCCUCCCGGGUUUGCCCGAUACUUGGAAUGAAUUCAUAUAUACCCGUAUAAUCUCUCAUUCCUCGACCCGCUAGUUCGCCUGUGGAUUUUCUUUUUCUUUUUUU